UUUCAUAUAUAUAUAUAUAUAUAUAUAUACAGCCUCAUCUAAAGAAGAUACAGAGACAAAUAUAUCAUGACAGAGCUGUGGGGCUUUCUCAUGGCUAUGGAGGUGGUGGUGGUGGUGGUGGUGGUGGUGCUAAUGCUAUUGCUGUUUUUUGGGAAGAUGAUGCAUGAAUGGUGGCAUGAAAGCAAGCUCGGUCCUCACCGUCGCCGGAGUCUUCCACCGGGUGACAUGGGUUUCCCUUUCAUUGGCAACAUGUGGUCUUUCCUCCAUGCUUUCAAGUCUCACCACCCUGACUCCUUCAUUGCUUCCUUUGUUUCAAGAUUUGAUAGGAUUGGAAUUUACAAGGCGUUUAUGUUUGGAAGUCCGACGAUACUCGUUACGACACCAGAGAUUUGCAAGAUUGUUCUUAUGGAUGAUGAGAGGUUCAUUCCUGGCUGGCCAAAGUCGACUUGUGAACUCAUUGGUAAAAGAUCUUUUGUAGGAAUUAUUCAUGAAGAACAUAAACGGUUACGUCGGUUGACAUCGAAACCGAUCAAUGGUCAUGAAGCUCUGUCUAGUUAUCUCAAGUUCAUUGAGGAGACUGUGAUUUCUACUUUGGAUCAAUGGUCUUCAAUGGGGCAAAUUCAGUUCCUAACUGAGCUGAGAAAACUAACUUUCAAGAUCAUCAUGCAUAUAUUUGUAAGUUCAGAGAGUGAAUCUAUGAUGGAAGCAAUGGAAAGGGUAUACACUGAUCUGAAUUAUGGUAUGAGAGCCAUGGCUAUCAAUCUCCCUGGUUUUGCUUAUCAUAGAGCACUGAAGGCAAGAAAGAAGCUGGUUGCGGUACUAAAAUCGAUCAUUGAAAAGAGAAGAGGUAAACAAGAUUCAGAGAAAAAGGACAUGAUGGAUGCUUUAAUGGAAGUUGAAGAUGAGAACCGGAAAAAGCUAGAUGACGAAGAGAUUAUUGACAUUUUGAUCAUGUAUCUCAAUGCUGGUCAUGAAUCAUCAGGCCAUAUCACAAUGUGGGCAACUGUUUUCCUACAAGAACAUCAAGAAUACUUGCAAAUAGCCAAGUUAGAACAAGAACAGAUAAGAAAGAACAUUCCUCAAACGCAACAGGGAUUAACACUCAAAGAGUAUCGACAAAUGGAAUAUCUUUCAAAAGUUAUUGAUGAAACCUUGCGCAUAGUUAAUAUCUCAUUCGUGGCUUUUCGGCAAGCAACAACUGAUGUUAUGAUUCAAGAUUAUAUCAUACCAAAGGAUUGGAAAGUUCAGCUAUGGUACCGAAAUGUCCAUAUGGAUCCUGAAGUUUAUCCAGAUCCUAAAGCAUUUAAGCCGUCUAGAUGGAAUGUAUGUUAUGCAACAACUUCUAGUUUUAAUAGUUUGUCAUGUUCAUCGGAGUCUAUGAAUUAUUUUCAGGGACUUGCACCGAAAGCGGGAACAUUCCUUCCCUUUGGAGGAGGAAGCAGGCUAUGCCCAGGAAAUGAUCUAGCAAAACUAGAAAUUUCAAUUUUUCUGCAUUACUUUCUUCUCGAUUACAAGUUAGAGAGACUAAAUCCGCAAUGUCCUGUGAGAUACUUGCCUCAUCCUCGACCGACCGAUAACUGCCUUGCUAAGAUCACAAAGUUCUCCUCAAUAUCCAUGUAAAGAGCAUAAAUCAACAGCAGAGAAGUCGCGUCUAGAGUCAAGAAAUUUCCGCUUAAAAGGAAACAAAAGAUAUAGUAAAAAAAAGGCAUGUCAUUGAUCAAUUGUUCAAUUCUUGCAAAAAUGUCCAACAUGUUUGUUUGUCUAUUGCAUUAGAUUUCUGAAUUCCAAAUCAAGACAAUGCUUUGCAUAAAGGAAACAAUAUAAGAUUGGGAUUGCAUGAAAAUACUGAUGCUGUUGUUCAUCAUACAUACAAGAAAAUUCUACUAUUCAAAGUGUAAAAGAAAACAGAG